AAAAUUUUCAUUUAUGACAAGGGAGAACUGAGCAAAAUCUGGAAAAGCUUUUCAAGAGAAUAAAAGAAAAAGGAAAAAAAAAAAAAGGAAAUGUUUUGUGAGUAUGUGUUGGUGUAUCUGCAUGACACCAAAUCAGUGAAGAAACUGAGUAAUAUUGUUGCCAGCUCAAAUUUCUCAUUUAUAACAAGCCAACCUGCGGAGAAUAUUAACACCAGGGCAGUGUCUAUGGAGGAGUUGAAUAUUUGCUAUUGCUAUUAAUUUCUUCCUCUUCAAUUCUCUUUGUCCGUUCUAUCUCCCUCUGUGUUUUUCCUUUGUUAGAAUUCUAUUAAUUGCUUUACGAGUUUUUCUUUUCUGAGAUCGGGGUUGUGAAUUGAAUAGUGGACUCAAAUUGCAUGUGGGUUUUCCAGAAUUCUGAUUCAGUUGUGGGGUUCGAGGAGAAAAGGAUACUCCCAGACCAAACAGAAGAAGGUUAAUUUUGUUAUAUAUAGAACUUGCUACAACACAUGGCGGCAUCAUCUUCCUCAGCAUCACUCUUUGGCUUUAGAGAAGAGGAUCAAAACCAGAUGAAGCAACAGCAUUCCUUGACACCAUCUUCGUCUGCAACACCAGCUGCACCACCACCCCAGAAGAAAAAGAGAAACCAACCUGGAACUCCAUAUCCAGAUGCGGAGGUGAUAGCACUAUCUCCCAAGACCCUAAUGGCAACAAACAGGUUUAUAUGUGAGGUGUGUAACAAAGGGUUCCAAAGGGAGCAAAACCUACAGCUACACAGAAGAGGACACAACCUGCCUUGGAAGCUUAAGCAGAAGACUACAAAAGAGCCAAAGAGAAAGGUUUAUCUGUGUCCUGAGCCCACAUGCGUCCACCAUGACCCUUCAAGGGCUCUUGGAGACCUCACAGGGAUUAAGAAACACUACUCUCGCAAACAUGGUGAGAAGAAGUGGAAGUGUGACAAGUGCUCCAAGAAAUAUGCUGUUCAAUCAGAUUGGAAAGCCCAUUCUAAGACUUGUGGCACCAGAGAAUACAGAUGUGAUUGUGGUACACUCUUCUCCAGGAGGGACAGUUUCAUCACCCACAGGGCCUUCUGCGAUGCACUUGCUCAAGAGAGUGCAAGACAUCCACCAAACCUUGGCGCCGCCAUCGGCACCCACCUCUUCGGAACCACCGCCAACACCAUCCCUCUAAACCUUUCUCAGGUCGCUUCUCACAUUUCCAACAUCCAAGACCCCAACACCCAGCCAACAGAACUCCUCCGCCUCGGUGGCGCCGCCGCAAGAACCUCCCAAUUCGACCAUCUCCUAGGUUCUCCCUUCAGACCCUCCCAACAACAACCACCCUACUUUAUGGAACCUAACCAAAACUACCACCCCGACCAACAACAACAACAAGGGCUGCUCCAAAACAAACCCUUCCAACAAGGACUGAUGCAGAUCCCUGAUCAUCUCAGCAACAGCAACUCACCCUUCAACCUUCCUUUCCUUUCAAACACCACCAACAAUGCUUCCUUCACUGAAAACUUCAACAAUACCAACAACAGCAGCAACAACGACGAGAGCGCUAACUUCUUCACAACUUCAAGCGCUCCCUCUCUCUUCAGCAACAACAACAACAACGCUGUCAGUGCAAACGCCAACGCCAGUGCACUAUCUCACAUGUCCGCAACUGCACUGCUUCAGAAAGCCGCACAAAUGGGUGCGUCUUCGAGCAACAGCACCGCUUCGCUGUUGAAAAGCUUCGGAAGCGCGUCCUCCAGCAGCGGCUCAAAAUCCGAGCAACACAGGCCACUGGUGAACGCUGCAAACUACGGCGGCGGAAUCUUCGGAGGGAACGUGAACGAACAGGGUAACAGCAACCUUCAAGACCUGAUGAACUCGUUCGCUGUUGGUGGAAACUCUUCGAUUUUUGAAGGUGGGUUUGAAGCGUAUGAUCAUAACAGUAAUAAUAACAACAGGGAGGGAAAAGUGCAUGCAAUGAGUGGAAGCAGCAGCAUUGGGGGGUCCGAUAGACUCACCCGCGAUUUUCUGGGUGUGGGUCAGAUUGUUAGAGGCAUGAGUGGGAGUGGAGGAGUUGCACAGAGAGAACAGCAGCAACAACAGCAUGGCUUCAACUUGAGUUCUUUGGAAGCAGAUCAACGAAAUAACAGUAACAGCAAUAAUAAUAACAAUGCUGCGCCGUCAGGUCAAGCUUUUGGGGGUGGUGGAGGGAAUUUUCAGUGAGGAAAAUCAUCGAACAAAAGUACAAAGGGAUUUGAACAUGCUCCAUUGAAACUUGACUUCUCAGUUCAUCUAAUCAAGGGUUUUUAAAGUGCAGCGUUAGGGAAUCAGAUGUGGAAGUUUCUGCAAUUUACUAAUAGCGCAAGCAAAUUAGGCUUCAAAAUUAGGGUUCUUUUACCAACUUUCUGCUUUUUCUUUCUUUCUAUAUGUUUAUUCGGAUUUUAAACUAGGUUCAAGAUUUUCAUGGUUUAAUUUAAUAGAUUUUGUUAUUGGACAAUGCAUUACAUUGCUUAUAUUUAAACUUCAUGCCAUCA